GAUAUAAGCGGCAAGUGGGAUGAAGCAGACGCAUUUGAAAAUUGUUGUGUUGUUUGCAUGUUUUUGCACGUGUUAUCUUGAAGAACAAUGCAAUGCCAAAGAGGAUAGUUGUAACAGUGCCAAGGAAAAGUCAUGUGGCUGUUCAAUUAGUCGUGACAAAUCUAAAUAUGCCGAAAAAACAAACAUAAACGUGGACAGUGAUGACGAAGGUCUACAAAAUGAACUUUUGCAAAAAGUGGAAUUUAAGUACCCAAGGACUAAUGAGAUGGUCUUUAUUGAAGGUGGAACAUUCAAUAUGGGCACAAAUAAACCAAUUUUUGUUGCAGAUGGAGAAGGUCCAGAAAGACUAGUUAAAGUUAACCCUUUCUACCUUGACAAAUAUGAAGUUAGCAAUGGGGAGUUUGAAAUAUUUGUGACUAAGACAAAUUAUAAAACAGAGGCUGAAAAGUUUGGUAAUUCCUUUAUAAUGGAUAAAUAUGUGAGUGAAGAAACAUUAAAAAAAGUAAAUCAACAGGUUGAAGCAGCUCCAUGGUGGAUUCCUGUAGAUGGGGCAGAUUGGAAACACCCUGAAGGACAUGACUCAUCUAUCAAAAAUAGAAUGGAUCAUCCAGUUAUUCAUGUUUCAUGGAAUGAUGCUGUUGAGUAUUGUAAAUGGGCAGAGAAAAGACUUCCAACAGAGGCAGAGUUUGAGUAUGCCUGUAGGGGUGGUAAAAACAACAGAUUAUAUCCAUGGGGGAAUAGUGAAAAUCCCAAGAAAGAACACUGGAUGAACAUAUGGCAUGGAGAAUUUCCAAAGGAAAAUACUGUUGUUGAUGGUUAUGAUUCAACCUGUCCAGUAACUAUGUUUCCAGACCAGAAUAAAUUUGGCUUGAAAAAUAUUAUAGGGAAUGUCUGGGAAUGGACAAGUGAUUGGUGGGAAACACAACAUACACCAGAGUUUAAAGAUAAUCCUAAAGGACCAUCAAAAGGUACAGAUAAAGUAAAGAAAGGGGGAUCGUUUAUGUGCCAUAAGUCCUACUGUUACAGAUAUAGGUGUGAAGCUAGAAGUCAGAAUACUCCAGAUAGUUCAGCAUCAAAUCUUGGAUUCAGAUGUGCAGCUGAUAAAUUACCAAAAUAUUUAAAAACUUAAGUCUCAAUUUGCUCAACUGGUACAAAUGAACACUUUGAACUAUUGCCAUUAAUAAGUAUCCCUUAUUUAUUGUCCAUACACUUUUUACAAAUAUUCCCCAAAUCCAUGUGACAUUUUUGACGGAUAAUGUUGGCCUGAAUAUUUAGGUUGUUUGUUUUCAAAUUUAUAUCUGAUGAUAUUCUGAAUUAUGAUUUUCAUUCAUAUCCAUAAUUAGGUAUAACAAUUUCAUUCUUUUUGUCUCAAAUGUUCAAAUCUCUAAACAGAAAGCACAGAGCCUAUGACAUUGUUAUGUUUUAUGAGUAAUCCUUGGAUUGGUCUUUAUUAAUGUUUUUGUUUUUGCUUUUGGUGCUGAAAAACAAUCCAAGAUGUCUUCCAUUUUUGAACAUAGAUAAAUACAGGACCCAUAAGGACAUACAUGUAAAUAGCUUCAUCUUGGAAACACACUGGAAAAAUUGUAUGCAUCACCUAAGUCAGAAACCAUGAACCAAUUAAAUACAAGCUUGUCAGAUAUGUUCCUAUGACAAUCCCCAUGCCUAUUUCACCAUCAGAGAAAUUUUCAAAAAAAUUUCAAAUUUGUCUAGAAAGAAAGGAACUCAUUGUUCAAUAUAAGUAGAAUCAUUCUGGAAAGUUUGAAGGCUCUAGAUUGAAUAUUGCAGGAGCUGAUUAUAUUAAAUUGUUACCCUCCAUUCAAAAUGCCACCUAAGGCUAAGAAUAAAAUGUUAAAUUUAAUUUCAUAAUAAAAAUUUUGUAAAUUAUAAUUUCCUGAAAGGUUAUCAUGAAUGUUUAGAAUGUUUAGUGGACAGCUGAUAUUUUAUUGAAAGCAUAAAUGUUAUUGGGUGCUAAUACCAUUUUCAAUUUCAUUUAUUUUUUACAAAGUAAGCCAUUUGACCGUUUCUAACCAUCUUCUAUAUUUAUACUAUGCUUGAAUUUUAGUCUAUCUAGUUUUUUACUCAUGAUUAAUUGUUGCUUGAAUGCUUGAGUUAUCAUAUAUUUAAUAUGUAUAUUAUAUUAACUCAUUGUGCAACUUUACAAUUUGGAUCUGUGUUUUUACAGGUUGAAGUAAAGUAAUUUUGAAAUGAAAUGCAAAAAUACAAUUUAUCAGGUGUUUUAAUGAUUAGGAUUAAUGGGGCCUUGACAAUAUUAUUUGUGGAAUAUAUUUUGUUUGUUUGCAAUAAAUGUGUAAUAUUUUUGUAAUUGUAAAUGUUCUUUGAAGGUUAUUGUGUACUUAUUUUCCUUUGUUGAAUAUAAAAAUUCAAAAGGAUUAUAUAGGUUUUUUAAACAAGCAUUCUGAGAGUAUUGCAUGGCAAUACAUAGUCCCCUACCGGGUAAAAAUUCAUUUUACUGGAACAAAAUGCUAACUUGUUCUAUAACUUGUCAUGGUGUAAACAAAAAGUAAAUAUCAUGUCAAUAUCUUCAAGCAUGACUAAAAACAGUGUGGAAAACUGAUUAUAUGAGUGAAAAAAACAUUAGAUAUGUUUAAUAGUUCUCUAAAAUUAGAUAUGAUGUAAUACAGUGUAUAUCUAUUUUCAAAUUAUAAUCAAAUAUAAUUAAUAGUUCCAAA